GUUCACACUUCCGGUUUCAGCAUGUGCAAAAACGAAAGCACACACAUUAAACAUUGGAAAAGAAUCGCAAGACUCAAACAUUAACUGUGGUGAUAUUAGCGCAUGUAAUCACAACAUAAAAAAAAACAUCUACAUUGAUCAAGAAAAGUCAUGAGACUACAGAAAGUGUUGUUCCGUGGACUUUCCUAUUCGUGUAACGUAGGUGCACGAACUGCCCUCUGUAAUCUACAAGAUGCGAGUAUGAGAGUAAAGCUGGUAUCAAGGUUAUCUUCCUCUUCUACUGCUACAUCAAAGCUAACAGCUGUAUUGUGUCCAGAUCAACAGAAAACAUCACCUGUCUGUGAUGUUCACAUUACAAAAUCGGAACAUGUUAAACAAGCUCAUGAUCACUGUUACAGAUUUGAAGACGUAUCGUCGCAAAAUAUAACAAAUAAUUAUCAGGCGAAAGUUUUCAACAAUCCCUGGGGUCACUUCAUAAUGAUCCAUUUACUCACUCCAGAAAUGUAAUGAACACUUUGUCCAGUGUUAGUAACUUUCAUUCCAUGAAAAACUCUGAUCUGUUCAGCAAGAGAAAACUGAUGGAUCCCUCAGUAUGUUUUACACACCCUUCAAACCGUUUCCUGACUGUUUCUCCUAAAGGGAUCCUGGAUGCUUCCCCAAAAGGCAUUCAACCAUAUUUAAGGCUGAUCAGAUUUGAUAAACCUAUAGGCACAUAUUUACUGUACUGGCCAUGUACAUGGAGUAUUGCCAUGGCCGCCAGCCCGGGUCAGCUUCCCGACUUUUGGCUUUUGACAUUGUUUGGGGCAGGUGCCUUCUUCAUGAGAGGAGCUGGCUGUAUUAUUAACGACAUGUGGGACAGAGACAUUGAUAGAAAGGUGGAGCGGACAAAACUCCGCCCACUAACCAGCGGUGAGCUGAGCAUGUUCCAGGGCCUCGUCUGUUUGGGAGGGAUGUUAUCUGUGUCUUUGGCGAUACUUUGUCAGCUCAAUAUGUUUAGUAUUGUACUAGGUGCAUCAUCCAUGUCACUUGUGAUCCUGUAUCCGCUGGCUAAGAGGUUCACCUACUGGCCCCAAGCUAUGCUGGGCUUGACCUUCAAUUAUGGCGCCCUGUUAGGCUGGGCUGCAGUGCAGGGCUCUGUUGAUCUCUCUGUGGUGCUGCCAUUGUAUGCCAGUUGUUUGGCUUGGACUCUUUUAUACGACACCAUUUAUGCCCAUCAAGAUAAAUAUGACGACAUGUUGAUCGGUGUUAAGUCUACCGCCCUUAAGUUUGGUGACCAGACCAAAUAUUGGUUGUCAGGGUUCGCUGCAGUGAUGGUCAGCGGUCUGACCACUACAGGGGUCAUGUGUGACCAGACCUGGCCAUACUAUGCAGCAGUAGCCUUUACCAGUGGUCAUCUCUUCCACCAGAUUUGGUCAGUCAACCUAGAUAAUGCCGACGACUGUGCAGCCAAGUUCCGCUCCAACACACGACUGGGAUUCAUUAUGUUCCUGGGGGUCACCUUGGGAACCCUGCUGAAGGUCACAGAGGGGGAAGAUGAAAAGGAAAAAAAAGUUGCCAUGAUCUCUAAAUAAUGAAGAUCUGUGAUUGGAGUUAAUUGACAAUGCCAGCAAUAUUCUAGUGACUGUUCAUUUGCUGUUAAAUGUAAAACUUUUAAAAAUUAUAUGUGGUUUGAAAAGGUAUCAAAAUUAUGAAGUCUUAUUUGUACUAAAUAGAUUUUUUACCAUAUUG